UUUGGUCGGGAGACUCCCGAUUUUGACCCCAAUGCUCACGCCUCACGAUUAGAAAGCCAAAUCUCCCGAUUUUCCAAAAAUGUCUUUUUUUUUUUUUUUUUACGUUUUUGUUUGUCACCGUUUUGUAACGAUACCAUUCGGCCCGAUUCGGAAAGUGACCAACAACGAAUAGCCUGGCCGUCUCCGACUUCCCCGCCCUCACUCCCCUUCAGAGCUGGAAAAUCCCAACCAAUCAUCUGACAGGGAGGGAAGAGGCGAAGCACCACCGACUUCCCAAGAUGCUGGCACUAAUAAACCAGCUUUUAGACUGUUUCAAGUCUUUAUUUUGGAAGGAAGAGAUGGAGCUGACCCUGGUCGGCCUCCAGUAUUCGGGAAAAACGACGUUCGUCAACGUAAUUGCCUCUGACGAAACCCUAAUUGGAGUGAUGGUUGAUGAGAUGAAGAGGCUGCUGAGGAAGCUGAUGUCCAAAUUUGUGCAAAUGGAUGUGAUCAGGAAAGCUGAGGAUAUCCUAGAUGUUGAUUACAGGAACAAGGAGAACUGGCAUGACACAGGCAACAUAGCAGUAUCACAUGAUGCCAGACAAUACAUGGAGCAAGUUGAAGACUAUCUCUGAUGCCACCAAAAAGAGGUUCUUUGACAGUGUAGUUAAUUUUUACACAAGUGUUGUGACCAAAAUGAACUUGGAAAAAAAAUGGUUGCAUUUUGUCUUAGUGAUUGUCGCGCGCGCGUGCGCGCGUCAUCGGGGUUGGCAAACAGAAAUCUCCCUAUUUGCAAUUUCUACAACUUAACAGGUAUGGAAAUGGUUUGUGGAAGUAUUGUGAAGCCCAUUUUCUGAUUUUCUUUACAGUAGCAUUCUUGUUUGUGAUGCAGUGAUGUUUAAGGGCAGAUCACAGGCAUCAUGUGUAGUUUUUCGGCCUCGCAUGCAUGACAUGCACUGAUUUCUCCAGAUUCUCGGAACGUUUGUGAUAUUAUGGACCGUAGAUAAUGAAAUCCUGAAUUCCUUUUAUUGUCCUUAAACUGACUUUUUUCUGACACACUUUUUCACAUAGAGGUGAACCUUUCUUGUGAAUGACUGAGCAACUCAGGGAAGCUCCUUUUAUACCCAUUUAUGACAUCCGCCUGUUCCCAACUAGCCUGUUCUCCUGUGGGAUGUCCCAAUCAGGUGUUUAAGUAGCCUCCUUCAGAUUUCUCAGUUUUUGCUGUAAUGCAGCCAUAAAAUUCUAAGUUAUAGAUUAUUUGUUAAAGAAUAAUCAAGUUCAUCUGUUUGAACAUGAAAGAAAUACUUGGUAGCUUUUCAGUUUUAGUCAAUUUCAGUGAAACCGAUGGACAAAAGCGGUAGUGUUUUGCCUUAAGGAAGACUGCGUUUCCUAUGAAGACCAGUCCACACCCGCACUGUGUCGUAAAAUCAUCAUUCAAUCAAAAAUCAAUGUCCAGGUUGCCUGCAGAUGGAUUAAUCAACAUUUCUGUUUCCAGCGGCUGUGUGAAGGAUGAAAAUUAAUAAGGUAAUGAAUCCAGUUGUGGCUAAACAAGAGCAUAUGACGGUUAGCAACCGUGUCGCACAUCCCACCACCGGGCAAGCACUAUACUCGGCUUUUGCACUCUUGGUGUGCCCGAUGUUCUGUCAAAUUUUACACCGAUCAGAAAUUGCAACUUUGUGUUAAAAAUAGCCGCGAAUACAGCAAUUACAAAGUAAACACUACAAACUUUUUUUAAAUAAAGGACUACUUACGUUUGAUCAUUGAUAGGCAUUUAGAAAGCUCUCCUCAUGCACAUUAGCUGCACGUUAGCUGCACAACAACUGCAGCCGCCCUCCACUGGGGAACGAGCUGUAAAUUGCUCUCCGCCGGGCGGUUUGCCGAUCGGCAAAGACAACCGACAACCCAGUCGUCAUGUCAAAUGAUCCGGGCUAGUUAUGUGUGAUUUUCCGCUUCGAAGACUUUGAAACAUCACUCGGUUCGGGUUAGCAUGUCA